GGUCUUGGUCGAUAACGUAUUUUGACGACUGAACUCUGCGAACGUUCGUGUGCUUGCAAAAAUUAUAGCCGCGUGGACGCCUACACUAAAUUUAUAAAUAAAGUUUGAGUGCAGUGAGUUCUGAUAUAGUGAGAAUGACCAACGCUCCGGUCAAGAAGGUGCCCAUACAUUUACAGAGCUCUCAAAACCGGCUUCUGAUCAAGAAUGGGAGGAUCGUUAACGACGAUGGUAUCGAGGAGGCUGACGUCUACAUUGAAGACGGCAUCAUCAAGCAAGUUGGCCGCAACCUCAUCAUUCCUGGAGGCACACGGACCAUCGAUGCCGCUGGCAAACUGGUCAUGCCCGGGGGCAUCGACCCCCACACUCACUUCGAGCUGGAAAUGAUGGGCGCUAAAACUGCCGAUGAUUUCUACAAGGGCACCCGAGCUGCGGUCGCCGGAGGGACAACAACCAUAAUUGACUUCGUUCUACCUGAAAAAGGGCAGUCGCUUCUAGAGGCCUACGCGAAUUGGCGGGAAAAAGCCGAUAAUAAGGUGUGCUGCGACUACGGUCUCCACGUAGGAGUGACCUGGUGGUCGCCGGCCGUGCAGAAGGAGAUGAAGCAGCUGGUCUCCGAGCAGUACGGCGUGAACUCAUUCAAGAUGUUCAUGGCGUACCGGAACACCUGGAUGCUCGACGACUACGACCUGUACUGCGCCAUCGAGACCUGUGCUGAACUCAAAGCCCUGCCCCAAGUCCACGCAGAGAACGGCCACAUCAUAGCUCGCAACACCGAGAAGCUCCUCGCGGCCGGAGUGACCAGGCCCGAGGGUCAUCAGCUCUCCAGAGACGAGGAAGUCGAAAGCGAGGCCGUGAACAGGGCAUGCGUCAUCGCCAAUCAGGCAAACAGCCCCCUGUAUAUAGUGCACAUGAUGUCGAAGAGCGCAGUCCGAGCUCUCCAACUGGCGCGCAACAAACAGAAGCAGCCUGUAUAUGGUGAAACUCUGGCCGCCACUGUCGGUACCGAUGGUACUCAUUACCGGAACUCUUGUUUCCGUCACGCGGCCGCCCACGUGCUCUCUCCUCCACUGAGACCUGACCCGUCCACUCCUCAAGCCAUGGUGGAAGCGCUGGCCGAUGACCACUUACAGCUGAUCGGCAGCGACAACUGCACGUUCCACGAGAAAGACAAGGAAAUCGGCAAAGGGAACUUCUCCAAGAUUCCGAAUGGCGUUAAUGGAGUCGAAGACCGCAUGACCAUAUUGUGGCAGAAGGGAGUCAACACUGGAAUAAUGGACCCGUGCCGGUUCGUGGCGGUGACCAGCUCCAGCGCCGCUAAGAUCUUCAACCUGUGGCCGCAGAAGGGGCGCGUGGCGGUCAACAGCGACGCUGACAUCGUUGUCUGGGACCCGCGCCUUGAGAAGACCAUAACCGCCGCCAGCCACAAGCAGGCGGUUGACUUCAACAUCUUCGAGGGUCAGCACGUGGUCGGCGGGCCGCAGUACGUCAUCGUGAACGGCAGGGUGUGUCUGGACGAUGGAGAACUCAGAGUCGUUGAAGGUCUAGGCAAGUUCCUGAAGACCCCAAUAAACAGUCCGUACGUUUACGGGGAGCAGAAUCUAUCGCACGCCGACCACGACCUGCUCGAGCCGCUAAGCCGGGAUUCCCCUGAUAGAGUCAACGGUUCCUCCGUGCCAACCGACCUGGCCCUCGUGAACAAGCAUCUCGAAGGUCUGAGCGUGACGUCAUCCGGCUGUAGCACCCCGACCGGACGGAAAAUGAGGGACCCCAUGCAGAGGGACUUGCAAAACUCCACCUUCUCUAUCAGCAAAGAGACUGAAGGACUCGACACCAAGACUUCGGUUCGCGUCCGCAACCCGCCGGGCGGCAAGUCCUCCGGGCUCUGGUAGGAACCGGAUCAAACCCGGACGGAACCGGAUCAAACCGGACCGGAGCCGCCCUAGCUUCACGGCACGGGCGCGGUGUCAGUCUACUUGUGAAAAAAAUCUUUAGUUCCACGAAUAUUUAGUAGUUACAUAUUUUAUGUAGCACGAACCGACCUGACUAUGAAAUUCAACGUCGUUGAUCAGUUCGGUAAUAUUGUGUGCAGAAUACGGCAACACUAUUUGGUAAUAUUUUGUAUAGAAUCCAGCAACACAGUUUUAUUUGAAUUUUCGACUUCAGAACCAAGUUAUGUGUGAUGUUUUUCGAAUAUCUCUAUAGCCUGGGUUACUGGUGGUAGGAUUUGUGAGUCUGCACGGGUAGGUACCACCACCCUGCCCAUUU